UCAAAAUCUGUUUCGUAAUUUUGCUGGCUUUGUGCCUCUUCGGUUUUCCUUUUUCUACCAUGUUCUCAGUUUUCCCGAAUAUCUGUCACUCUGCCCUGCCUGCCUCCUUGUGGCUCUGUAUGUAUAUAUAGCUAGUAUCUACCCUAUUGAUUUCUUCAUCAGAAUCGUUCGAAUUACAAAACCCACUUCCAAUUUUUCUGUGCUUUUCCUUCAAAUCGGGAAAAUAGGAAAAAGAAAAAGAGAGAGAGGAAAAUGGUGUUGGUGAUGGGGUUGAGUGUGCAGUGCAUAAUGGAUUUUGUGGUAGCAGGGUUUUCUCUGAUGAUUGGUUUGGGAGUUUUUGCUUUUAUUGCUUCAAUUCUUUGCUCUGCGGCUUUCUUGUAUAAUGCCAAGGACGCGUCUUGACCGCCAAAAAAUAAGAAAAAAGAAAAAAGAAAAACAAAGAAAGGUAAAAUUUUCCAUAUGAGAUUUAGCUUCAACAUCAGAUUUGUUAUGGGUUUUGCCUUUAAUUUCCAGUUCUUUUACAUUCCUGUCAGCGACUUGUAAUUUCUUCGUUCCUGUAAUAAUGAAUUCAUUCAAUAAUCAUUGACUCUGAUACUACUUGAUA